AUGAAAGAACCAUUGGAAAUGGAAGGGAAUAUUUCUAACUGGCUCAAUCAAGCUUUCUUACUCACUUACGGUAUUUGUGGUUUAUUUAGCUCUAUUUUGACUACCAAAAUAUCUUCUCAUAUUGUGCUUUCACUUUUGAAAUCAAAUGGUCAAUCUUAUGUCUCUUGGUUCAUUACAUGCGACACUUAUCUAAACUAG